AUGCAAAUUGCGAUGCGCCGAUCUGAACAGCCAAAGUACCUGAGAGCAAUUCAAUAUCAUCAUGAAAACAAAGCUGUCUUGAUGGAACAGAACACUCAAGGUGUUGUGGACUACAACGAUAGCUUGCGCAAGAUAUCGAACAGCCUUGAGAAUGCCCUGAAGACAUUUGGUCCUUCCUCCAGGCAAUACCAGACUAUACUUGAAAUGCUGAAAGAAUGUCUCCGGGACAUUGACAAUGAAAGUCGAAAGCAGAGCAAAACCCAGGUGGUCGACGCCGAUAUGCUCAGCCUUGCCAUGGGGUUCUUGGAUAUAGGGAACCUAUGA